AUGUAUGUGCUUAAGAGUAUUUCUAAAGCAGAUCAGGAGGAAAAGCCUUGUGAUUUCUCCGCGUGCGCUAAAGAAUAUUCUAGACAGCCAGUUGAAAUCAACGCUGCCAACGUAACUGCAACCACUGCUACUUUUUUCGGAACAAGAAACACAACUAUCAUUGUUCAUGGCCACGAGGGAUCUGCGUUCACGUCUUUGAAUCCUACUGUGAAAGAUGCUGCCCUCGUAAGUUUAGACCUUAACGUCGUCGUGGUCGACUGGUCGGUGUAUGCAAGCCAAAGCUACAGCAACGCUGUUGGCGCAGUCCCCAGUGUUGGCAAAGAUUUGGCGGGGCUCAUCAAUCAGUUAGUCAAUAACUCAGCUGUAACCUUAGACACAUUGCACCUGAUUGGAUUUGAUCUGGGAGCUCACGUUGUUGGUUUUGCUGGAAGGGCUCUCGAACACAAAGCAGCAAGGAUUACUGGCCUAAAUCCUUCAAGAAAUCAAUGGGAUGCCAAUUCACCUCGAUUGAGCUUCCGCGAUGCUGAAUAUGUGGAAGUUAUUCAUACCGACGGUAUUGGACUCAUCAGCUAUGGUAUUGGUGACGCCAUUGGUCACGUCGACUUCUAUCCUAACGGAGGAACCGGCCAGCCCGGAUGCUUCCUAAACAAUUACUGCAGCCACAACCGUGCUUGGGAUCUUAUGGCUGCGUCAUUUACGCACGAUCGGUUCGUUGGCAACAGAUGUGGAAAUUGGCAUCAAGUCACUCUAAAUUCAUGCCGUGGCUACCAACUUACGAUGGGCAAUAAUGAAUUUAGUAAAAUAGGGACGGGCAUGUUCCGUGUGAAUACAAGAAGAACAUAUCCCUUCGCAUAA